AUGUCUCUGCACUGUCAGUACACCCCCCCUUCCUCGUAUUGUUCCUCGCCCCAUCUCCCCGCCGUCAAGCCCUCAGCCAUUGCUCUCGGCACCGUCUUCAACCACGCCGCCGAGCUGGCCGUGCUCACCCCUCUCUUCGGCCAGACAUACCAGCGCGCCAAGGCGUCUAACACUAAGGAGGAGUUCCUUAAGUCACGGGAGGCUACAGGCGCUGCCAUCGCAUGGGGCACCGCCUUUGUCGGCUCCGGGUUGCAGGCGUACGGUGUGGGCGCCCUCAUCAACGCCACGGGCACCCUCAGCUAUAAGGGUGCGGCCUACCUGGGCGGUCUGAUCUUUGCGGCUACCAGUGCUCCUACUUUCAUCAGCCAGUUGUUCGUCGAGAAGCGCGCCUUGGAGCAAGUGGGCGUCAACGUUCUAGCCAAGCUGUUUGAGACGAUCGGCCUGUCUGUCUUUAUGACUUGGUGGGGAACACGCACCAACCCGUUUGAGCAGUGA